AUGAGUUCAAACAAUAGACGAAUCCCCUUGGAAGACGCAAUUACGGUCGGGGGUGAAGCCAUUUCCAGAACUGCACUUGAAAUAGACGUUCGUUUAAUAAUGGUUGACUUUGAAGCGGUUCGUGCUUUCGAAUACCAGCUCAGCGAAUCACCGAAAAUACGAUUUUACCACUUUCACGUCUGUCUGGUCGAAUUACAACUUUUCCUUGAUCCACUUUGCGUGCCCCGAGAAGAUUGGCCGGCCAAAAUGUGGAAAUCACUCUCGCACCUUCAUAAAUAUUGCCAACAACACGAUCUAUUUGAUGCCGAAUAUAUUUACGAGCGACUCGUCGCUGAAAGUGCUUUCGAACUGGUCGCAGUAGUAGAUCCGUGCGGUGAAUAUGGGCGGGAUAGACGCAAAAAGAGAAAGAUGAUUCCAAAUUCAAUUUCCGAGAUCAGACGGGAGAUGACAAUGGCGCCGAUGGGUGAAUUCGAAGAUCCGGAUUCAUUGAAUAAGCUUGAGCAUAUAGCCACCCAAUAUUACACUAAGAAACGCAAGAUCUCCGACACGGAAGAAGCCAAGGUUGCAUCACGCAAGGUCACUCGUCAGAAGAUGAAGUCAAAUCCUGCUGGCGAUUAUCCGCUAGACAUCUGGCAAUAUAUUCCAUUCGCCAUGCAGGCGACCGUGAGAGCUAUGGAAAGGGAUGCGGAAGCGCGUUCCUCCGGCACCAAGACGUCGGUCGGAGCGUCCAAUUCUCAGAGUGACGAUCUUCCAUAUUUACCCUAG